CUUUUCAAAAUACAGUCCACAGUGACGAAGCCAUCUUCGUCACAGGGGCGAAGGAGACGCUGGAGCCUCUGAUCCAGGCCACUCAGCUGCUGCUGCAGAACAAGAAGACGGACGAGGACGCCGAGGCCAUCUGCAAAAUGUGCUUGGCGCUCAACACGCCUCAGAUUGUGAAGCUCUUGUACGGCUACACUCCGGUCCAUGACUUUGAGGAGAGAGCUUCACCAUCAUUCAUUCUAAGGGUUGAGGUCAUUCACUCGUGCAGUAUUAAUACAAAACUGUUUUCUGGACAUAUGCUACAUGCAUACUUGCCAACCCUCCAGAAUUUCGGGGGAGACUCCCGAUUUCAUAGCCCUCACCCGGUUUCCAUGGUAGCGCGUCUCUUUAGUAGCGUGCGCAACUGAAAGCCUGAGAGGGUGAGGAAGAUAGUCACAGAAAACAGAACAAGAAUCGACAACUCGACCCUCUGCUCACUCCUUUCCUGGCAUUGUACUUACAACUACAAUAGCGAUCCACUCGCUGCCAGAAUCUCCUGAGGGAGCACCUGCGCAUGGAGGACAAAUACGACGACCUGAAGGAGGCGAUGGCUUCCUCGGUGAGAGACACACAGUCCAUAUUACGAGACAUCUUUAUGAACAUUUUUAGACAUUGUCAGUGUCAC